AUGAUGUCUGUAGUUUCUACCGCUUUACUGCCAACUGCUGCCUACCUGGGCCUUCGCUAUCUCUUGGUCUUUCGAUUCAUACAGGGUUUAGCGUACUCCGCUGACUUUGCAGCAAUUGGGAUUCUUUGUGUGCGUUGGGCGCCGCUUUCGCAAAUGGGUCUCUUCAUUAGUGCUCUGACAAGCUUCACCUCCGUCUCUGUUAUCGUUACAGAUCCCUUGACCGCUUGGCUAUGCGAUUCGACGCUUGGAUGGCGGUCAUCCUUUUAUCUCCAUGCAGCUUUUGGGUUUGUCGUCUUCACGCUGUGGGCCAUAUUCUAUGUUGACGAUCCACAUUUACAUCCGAAUCAAAUCAUCACUAACGAAGUCGUCUUGGUAGUAUGGUUUAACGCAUUUGUGGAACUGGUGAGCAUAACCAUGCUCUACGUAUACGCUCCAACAUAUUUCAACUCUGCUUUAGGAUUCGACGUUUCCUCCACA